GGUCGUUCCUAUUCGGAUAUGACUCGGGCGUCAUGACCGAUGUCAUCGCGUCCCCGAACUUUCUCGAGUACUUCGACACCAGCUCCGGGACCCCUAUUAUCGGCGCCAUCAACAGCACCUUCUCGGGGGGAGCCGUCUUUGGCGCGCUGAUGGGCGGUCUUACCAUGGACAGAUUUGGGCGUCGAAAGACAAUCAUGAUUGGGGCCAUGAUCGCCGUCCUCGGCGCCAUCCUGCAGUCCGCAGCCCAAAACCUCGCCAUGAUCCUGGUUGGCCGUAUCAUCGCCGGCUGGGCCGUCGGCCUGCUGAGCAUGUCGGUCCCGGUCUACCAGUCCGAAUGCGCCCACCCAAAGAUUAGAGGCUUGAUAGUUGGUCUGUCACAACAAAUGAUUGGCGUUGGGUUCAUUGUCUCGACAUGGAUCGGAUACGGCUCUGCCCAUGCCGAGGGAGACAUUGGGCAGUUUCAGUGGCGGUUCCCUCUCGCCUUUCAGGCACUGCCAGCCCUGAUUCUUGUCUGCGGCAUUAUGUUUUUCCCAGAGUCUCCCCGCCACUUGAUGGAGAAGGAUAAUGAGGAAGAGGCGAUGCGAGUCCUGCGUAAGCUGCACUUUAACGGCAGUAACGACGACUGGAUUCAGCAAGAGUUCCAAGACAUCAAGAGUACCAUUGCCGCCGAAAAAGCGGUUACUGUUCCGGGAUGGCGAAUCAUGUUCACCGUGCCCCAGUGGCGGACGCGUCUGAUGCAUGGAGUCGCGGUCCAGGUCUUCACCCAGUUCACCGGCAUCAACGUCAUUGGGUACUACCAGCAUCAGAUGUAUAACGCUUUGGGCAUUACCGGGAACCGCGCCCUGCUGGUGGCUGGCAUUUACAAUUGCGUCGGUCCGCUGGCCAACCUAUUCUUCAUCAUCUUCAUGAUCGACCGUGUCGGCCGCCGCCAACCGCUCAUAUGGGGCACUGUGGCCAUCGCCGUUGCUCUCAUCUGCGAGGCUGCCAUCAACAGCCAGAUUGACCCUCAAAAUCCCCAGCAUGGGCUCUCCAUCGGCGGCGUGUUCUUCCUCUUUUGCGUCACCGUCAUUUUCUCCCUCUCGUGGGGCCCAGUCUCGUGGGUCUACAUGUCCGAAGUCAUGCCGAUGCAAAUCAGAGCCCGCGGCAAUGCCUUUGCUACCGGCAUUGGCAACUGGCUUGUAUCGACCUUUUGGGCGCAGGUUUCUCCCAUGGCCCUCAAGGAGCUGUCCUGGAAGUUUUACUUCCUAUUCGUUGCCUGGGACAUUGUGGUCACUAUCCCGGUUGUCUUUUUCUUCUUCAAGGAGACGAAGCAACUGUCGCUGGAGGAAAUUGACGGGCUGUUUGGCGAUCGGCCGACGGCAGCCCUGCCUGACGACCUUAAGAAGGACGACCUGGUCAAUUCAGAGCAUGUUGCCAUUGGCAAGGAGGCCUGAGGAAAUCCUGGCGUUGGGAAGGAAGGUCGUCCCGCCACUGAGCUCGGAGUCGAAAGGUCACAGAUUUGACUUAGAUGCCAACCGUCCAGGCAACAAAUAAUACAUAAUGCCAUCACUUGAUCCGCUCACAAUGAAUCUCACCUAUCACACUCUAGCUUGAAAUGCAAGAUGCAAUAAUGCUGCCCCCGCGGUUGAUGGUCCCACUUCGAUACUCAAUCGCCACCCCAUGGCUCCAGGCCCCAAAACAGGAUGAACCCUCACGGGAGAUGGUGUAGAUGAGGUCAAAGGGUAAGGGAAGAAGGUUGACCAGCAACCCUAGGCGCGAGAGGGUUCCAUGAAUAAGAUCAAGAUAUGAGAGCAAUUACCCCCUAG